AUGGCGCCUGACCCCAUCCGCCGCAAGCUCGUCAUCGUCGGCGACGGCGCGUGCGGCAAGACGAGUCUGCUCUGUGUCUUUGCCGUCGGCGAGUUCCCGCAGCAGUAUGUGACCAUCUUUGAGAACUAUGUGGCCGAGAUCCGGCUAGACGGCAAGCCCGUGCAGCUGGCGCUUUGGGACACUGCCGGCCAGGAAGAGUACGAGCGUCUGCGGCCGCUCUCCUACUCGCAGGCCCACGUGAUCCUGAUCGCGUUCAGCAUCGACACGCCCGACUCGCUCGACAAUGUCACCGUCAAGUGGAUGGAGGAGGUGCGCCAAAUAUGCGGGCCGCAGGUGCCUGUGCUGCUGGUCGGCUGCAAGAAGGACCUGCGCGACGAGGGCGCACGCGGCGGCGACGACGCUCGCUUCGUCAGCACGGCGCAGGGCAAGGCCAUCGCUCAGCAGAUCGGCGCUCGCUCCUACCACGAGUGCUCGGCGCUGCGCAACGAGGGUGUGGACAACAUCUUUGAGGCAGCCACGCGAGCCUCGAUGCUGCUGCGCGGCGCCGGCGCCGGUGCGGACCGGCAUGGCUCCUCGCGCCGCAAGAGCAAGAGCGAAAAGAACGAGGCCGGCGGCUGCCGCUGCGUCAUUCUCUGA